CAUUGGUGUCACUCAGAAUGUUACAUGUUGGUGCUGACAGCAGCAGGUUUAAUGAGAGCAGGUUCUCAGCAAACAUGUAUAGUCAACGGAACCAUUGUGGUGAUGAAGUAGGGCACCAAAGUACUGAAUCCAAUGUUCAAAGGUUCUGGGUUACCACCAAACUAGGUCACUGGCCUCUUUAAGAUGUUUAAUUCACGCAACAGAAAUGACUUAAGUCAGAUGCAUCUCAGAAACAAGUCAUCUGAGGGAGAUGUAACAAUGGCUAAAAACUUGUUGGAUUGUGUCUUGAUAAGAAAACCUUAAAGACACUACAAAGGCACGGAGAAGGCAUGAAUUCUGCGCUGAAAUUCCACAAAACAUCAUGUCUCUUCCUAUUGUCAGCCAGAACAUCUCCUGUACACAGAUUGUCAGCUUCUGAGUAAUGCUGAGAGAACAAUGAGCGGAAAUGAAUCUCCCCUCAAACCUUUGGAGAUUCAUUAUUUUACUUCUCAGUUUUUCCAUUAAGUAUUUCCCUUUGUUUCUCCCUGCUGGUUGCCAGCUUUUUGUUCCCCUUGGCAACUUGACAGUAAAACCAGCUUCACCCUUCCUCAUUGGCUCAAACCUGACUGUGUUCUGCCACUCCAAUGAAUGUAAACAGGGUUUCAGAAUAUCCCUGGAGCUGAAUGGUGAGAGUGUGAAUUCUUUGGAGAGAGUCAAUUGCACCACGAUGAUCUUCAGGCUAUUCAAUGUCCGGAUGCCACAAUCUCAACUGAUCUGCAAGCUGAAGAGUGUUGAUCGGGAGCUUCCUGUUAAUGGACUGGACCUACAUGGCGGGCUCCCUCCAAAUAAACCUGAACAUGUUAUGUGUGAAAUGUCAAGGAGCUCAGAUUUCAUAGACUGCACAUGGGAGAGAGGACAGAAAACACACAUCCUUACUACCUACAACAUUUCAGUCAACAGAGAAAAUGGGACCAAGAUACAUUUAGAUCAAAUCCAGGAUGCUGAAGAAAUCCACAUACCCCGAGCAACGAUUGAUGAAAAUACUAAAUACCAGUUGAUUAUCACUGCUUACAACCACUUUGGAGCAUCACAAUCUGAUCCAUUCACCUUCUCUGCUAAGGACAUAGUGAUUCCAGAGACACCAUGUAUCACCCAGAUAGAGUUUGGAAAUAACUCCAUAGCAGCCAUAUUGUAUUGGAAAACGUCUGAAUCCUCAGUGCAUCUCAGAUCUGAUGUCAGGCUACGCACAGACACUGGCACCUGGGAAAUGGGAGAGGAAACAGAACUCCGUGAGGGUCUGAUACAAGUGGACGGACUGAGGCCUCUGACUGACUAUGAGUUCCAGAUGAGAACAUGUAACACAUCCAGGUCAAACUCCAGCAAAAGAUCCUUGUGCAGCAAAUGGAGCUCAUCUGUGGUGGGGAGAAGUCCUGGAAAAGGUCCAUCUCAGCAGUUGCUUGCGUGGAGGAAGUUAGGCAGCCUGGGUACCAAUGGGCUGCGGAUGGUGACUGUUUUAUGGCAGAUUAUGAUGGAUGGACUUCUUCCCCAGCCUCCAUCACCAGAUGAUUACACUGGUGCGGUGCAACAGUACAGGAUCUUUCUGGGUAAUGAUCAGAAUCAAGAAGUGACCAGUUGUGCAGCUGUGAGCCCAUGUUCAGUUCAGGUACCAGCAGAGGUCCAGGCAGUAAGCAUCAGUGCUGUCACCUUGUAUGGAAUGUCUCCACCGGCUAAUGUGCCACUCAGACUCUCAGGUGAUGUCAGACCGGUUUUGAGACCGUUGGUUCCUGCAGCAAAUGGCAGUGCUGUGUUUGUCUCCUGGUCAUGGCCGUGGGGGAAACACCGCUCAACAUCUGGAGGAGAACCACUGCACUAUGUGAUAGAAUGGACAAGUGUACCUGUGGCAGAGCUGCAGUGGCAAAAAGUGUCUAAAGAUCAAAACAACACUUCAAUCACAGGCCUGACUGCAGGUGUGAGGUACAACGUCUCUCUGUAUGCCGUGACCACCAGAGGGGUCAGUGCUCCAUCAUCCCGUUUGGUUUACUCCAAAGAACAGAAGCCAGUGUGUGGUCCAAGUGUGUCAGUACUAGUCCAUGAGGCCAGACGGAUCCGGAUCCAGUGGGAGGAGCUGCCUGUAGACAAGCAGAGAGGCUUCAUUAUAAACUACACCAUCUAUCUCCAGAUGCUGGACUUCAGCAACACCCAACUCAGCAAGACGGUGUCUGUCUCCAGCCCUAGACAGAUGUGGAUGGACUGUCCUGAAGGAGCUCUGGCUCUGCAGCUGACUGCAUCUACCUCAGCAGGAGAAGGGCAGCGGGGGAACCGGAUCUGCUCUCAGCCAGAAACCCCUGCAGUAGGCCUGGUGAUUUGGACUGUUUUCAUCCUUACCCUCUUUAUAGCAAUCAUAGCCAACCUGAUGUGCUGGAGAUGUGUGAGGGAAAGGAUAAAACAGAAAUGUAUGUCAUGUGGACCUGCCUGGCUUACUGAAACCUUACCAAAACCAGGAAACAGUAACGCCAUCAGACUACUGCAGCAGCAGUAUGACAGGGAAUUGUCCUUCUCGUCCACCCAAAGCGACCCUCUGCUGUCACCCAUCAGUUUGAUCUCUCAGGAGGAGAGGGACGACGUGUACCCCACCAUCCACGUCGAAAUAUCCCAACUUGGAUCACGACCCACAGAACCAACAGCAGAGACACCUUUGCUAACGUCAGAUCCCGGAUUGCUUGUUGACAGCCAGCCGGAACAUGUCAGCUACAAACCCCAGCUUGCUCCAUUGGCUCCACAGGGAGAAGAGGUGAAGGAGACAGAAGAAGAGCAAAGGGACGUACCCUCAUUCUGGGAGGAAGACAAAUGUGAGAGAUUUGGCGUAUUACUGGGAGGCUUUCUGUCCAGUGUGGAGGUGGGUUUUACUUAUCCACCUCUGGGGCUGACUCUGAGCUCUGAUAGCAGUCUUCUGUGGCCUACAACUCCCAAAGCAACAAUUGCCUCUAAUGGAGGCUUCUCUCUGGAGAGGAGGGCGACUGAGAACGAUGUAGAAGCAGACUCACUCUCUCUGGAUUUACAGCAGCGUGAAAUAAUGAAUCCUGACACAGCGGGCACUUGUUCAUCUCAGUAUACAGUUGAGACAACACUGAAAAGUGGAUAUUUCCCCCAAGCAGCUACUGUGAGCAGCACUGCACUCUGUGAUGCACAGAGGUAGCAGGGAUAGGAAUGGCACAAACAGCAUAAUGUGCACUCCUAAACAGAUUUUUAAGAAAGUAUUAUAUCCAAGCACCACUUCAAUCCAGCUUCAGAUGAUCUGUGAUUAUGAACAGCUCUGUUGUUCAUAAUAAAAACUUAAGAAACGCAUAAGAAAUGUUUAUGUUGAAUUUGACUGAAGUAUUUAAUAGUCACUACAGUUAUGUUGGCACCAAUUUUACAUAUACACAGACUUUAUAAAGUAACUAAUGAUUUUGUUAAUGUAAAAAAAAUGCAUUUCUGUGAGUUGUCAGGUUGUGAAAAAAAAUCCCUUUUGCAAGGUAAUAUACAGUGAGGGAAAAAUGUAUUUGAUCCUCUGCUGAUUUUGUACGUUCGCCCACUGACAAAGAAAUGGUCAGUUUAUAAUUUCAAUGGUAGGUUCAUUUGAACAGUGUAAGACAGGAUAA